AUGUGCCACACCAGCUGCUCCACAGGCUGCCGGGCUGGCUGCUGCUUGCCCAGCCCCUGCCAGCCCUCCGUGUGCCUGCCCGUGGGCUGCAAGCCAGCUGUGUACGUGCCGGUGAGCUGCCAGACCACCUGCUGUGUGCCCGUGAGCUGCAGGCCUAUCGUGUGCACGGCCCCCUCCUGCCAGCCCUCCGUGUGCCUGCCUGUGAGCUGCAGGCCCGUCGUGUGCGUGGCCCCCUCCUGCCAGUCCUCUGGGUACAUCCAGCCCUCCUGCCCCACCCUGGUCUGCACACCCAUCUCCUGUGGCACCCCUUCCUGCUGUUGA